GACAAGCCCAUUCUGCCCCUUGCCCACAAUCACCGCCAUCUCAGCAGGACCUUCGUAAAAUGAUUUCUGGCCAACUUGCACAGGCCCUCUUGGUUAAUGUGGGGGAGUUGUCGGGCCAGGCCGCUCCCACAGAGUUCCUUGAACCGCAUGAUGUUGCCAAAGCAGUGGAAUCAGAGUUGUACAAGCAGUUCGGUGGCGUUGGCAAGGAGUACAUGCGAAGGUUCCGCAGUCUUCACUUCAACCUCGCAGACUCGAAUAACCCUGACCUUCGGGCACAAGUGCUGAUGGGGAAGAUUGCUCCGGAUGUGUUGGUGCGCAUGGGUCCUAAUGAGCUCACUUCCAGUGAACUCAACAAAUGGCGUUCCCAAAAGGCACAGGAAUGUCUGAAAUCUGCUCUUCUGGAUGGGGAAACGGCAGCAGGAUUUGCAACUGCAGCUGUGAUGAAAUGGAGGCAGCUCGCCAAUGGGCACAGUUCACAGCCAACAAUGCCUGUGUUGGGGAGUGAUCUUCAAGUUGCUCUGCAACAUCAGCACACAGCAUCCAGCAGACCAGAUGUGCACACAAGUGAUCUUGUGGAAGAGAUGCACACUCGCAACUCCUUGCGAUGUGUUCCCAUUGAGGAGAAUUUUACCUCUGAAACAGGGCUGGACAAUUGUCAAGUCAGUGUGCCCCCAAGCCCACCUUUGACGCCCUGGCAUGCUGAAGACGCUAACAUGAAUGAAUCUACGGGCUCGCCUGGGGGUGAAGCCCAUGUGGUUGAUCCUUUCCACCCAGCUGCUAUCCCCUCAGUCAUUGCCCAUCUUCCCAGAAGCCCCUCAGUAACUGCUGGCCCAGAGGACCAGUCAUUGCCAGACUGGGCUAUCGGAGAAUGGGAGGGAAACGACAAGGCAGUGCCCAGCACAACAGCCAAUAGGACAGUGUUUGGAGGCACUGACAACACUGUGGCAGAUUCUUCAGGGGUGGCAGAGGGGCCUGCACUUGCAGACGAAAUGGAGUACUCCCCUACCUUGCCCCGAACUGCAUCCACAUACAGCCCAAACAGGCCCUCCAAUGCUCCGAUUGACAUGCCUUCGGCUAUCGAAGGCCUAGCACCUCUGGUGCAAAUGCCUGCUAAGCUGGGCACGUUGGUGCCAGUUGGUACACACGUCUGGCAAGGCAGGUUCACAGGUCUUGUGGACGUGUCAUUCAAGAUGAAGUGUGAGGCGCUGGCUGGCAUAGCAGAUCUGUCCAAGAUGCUUGCCACAGAGGAGAUGGAGAUCAAGGGGCGCGUGGACUCAGAUAAGGUGGAGACCUUUUUUGAGCAGUUGCGUGGAUCUAAAAACCGGACAGCAACUCUAGGAUUGCUGAAGUUGGCAGAUGACGCAGGUCUCAUGGACCAAGCAUGUGUCAACGAGCUCAUCAAGCACUACUCCAGAAGAGGCCGAUCAGGGGUUAUCGCACCAGGGCCUGACCUUGAGGGAUACUUGGUGGCCAAGAGUGAUUUGGCAGCCAGGCUCCUGCUGACAGCAAGUGCUGUUGUGGACAGUGGGCAAAGAGCCGAAGUACCUGUCAACGUCAGCCCCAGUGGUGAGUUGUUGCUUGUGAUCAUACACAAGAAGAGCUGGAUGCAUCCCAGCAUGAACAGUGUGAUCAGAGGCAAUGAAGGGAUCAAAGGUGUGGAUGGAGUGGCAGAGUCUGUGCCUGUUUCUUCACAGGCGCAGCAGCAGUCUUCGAAUAUCAGAGAAUGGAGCGAUGCUUCCAGAAAUGUGAUUGGAAAAUCUGACACGUCUUUUGCGCAAACUAGCACUCAACAGGUAAGGCAGCCAGUGGAUCCAAGGAGGCCACAACGACAACAAUUACCUGAGGAUUCGAAAUUUGGGCAAAACAAUGGACAACAGCCCAGUUUCUCUGGGCUGAUCCCAGAUGGGAUUGCACUGCAACCGAGUGUCAAGGGAAGCAACAGAGAUCAAGGGCAGUCGUCACAGGAGAGCUGCACAAGGACACAGCUGCCAGAAGGGCUGAACAUGAAAGGCAUUAACGAACUUGCUGCUUUGUUUGGCAUUCCAACAGCAACCUCUGUGCCUCCACCUGCAGUUCCUUCCCAACUGCACUUGAUAGCAAAGCAGAAGCCCAUGGGGCCUGCCAAGACAGCAAAUAUGCCCAUGGCAGGCCCUGCGGGGUGUGUGACGAAAACGCCUCUUCCUCAGCAGGUUGCAUCGGAGGCUGUGGGCCCGGGAAGCACGCACGCUGUCGGUGGCCCUCACCAUAUGGGGGAUGUCCCAGCUGAACUGCACCGCAGAACUGGAGGGCUGAUGGCUCCACCACCAGCAGCAGCCUGUGCACAGUUAUUGGGACCUUCUGGCCUCCAUGGACUGCCGUUGCAGUCUCCAGUGAUAGGGACUGGUCGUCUUGGAGACGGAUUGCAGGGGCUGAACAGCAAUGGAACGCCUGGCCGUGGGUUGGGGUCUGUGCUGUGUGCAACGCCAGGGGCUUCCCCAGGAGAAGGCAAAUUGCAUAUGAAACGGAAGGUCAUGGGGCAGUUGGCCGCUGGUUGGAAGGAUACCCCUGAGGGUGGUAACCUUUCCAUCCCAGCGGCCUCGCAAUCACCGGCAGGAUUGCCAUUGACGCAAUGUGCACCACCGCAGAUUAUGCAGAUGUCGGGUCCCAGGCCGAGCUUUGUGGUUAUCCAAGAUCGGAGCCGUGUGCUGCAGAAGGCUACAACGCCUGCCCGUGCCCUUCCUAUCUCUUCAUAUCCGCCACCCACGCACCUAGAUUCCCAAGGCAGGCAUCCAAGAAUGCAUGGCCUGAACGGAGUUAGGGCCAGCUGGACGCUCCAGUCGAAAGCACCUGCCUUUAUGCACAACAGCCGAGGUCAUCCCAGCGACGGAGACAAGCAACAUGUGGUUGUCAAUUCCAAGGGAGUUUCCAUUGUUGUGAAGCCAAAGAGACCUGGCAGGGCACAGGGACGCGAAGGAUGUAGAAGCUUGCAUGCGGCCAAAGCAAACAGAGAUAUAGAAAGGCACCAUUAUCUGCCAUUGUCAGGGACACCUUCCGUGGGCGCCAGUCCUUUUGGUCGCAUGGGGCCAAUGAAGGGAGCUUUGCCAUCGGGUCCAUAUCAGCGAGUUGUUGAAGCGCAGGUGUUGCCUGCAGGUAACGUGAUUGAGCCCAGUCUGGGAAGUAUCCAAAGACCCACUGUGAACCAGAGCCGAAUCCAGUUGCCAGGGCGUGGCUGUGGCAGAAGAGGCCGAUCCUACGCGAGUGGCAUCAGACAGCAUAGAUCGAAAAGACGGUACCCUUCGACUUGA